UACCUUACGCGGUACCGCCAGUUUAUUAGGAAUUGAGAACGGACUGUUCCAGUCGCUCCUUGCGUGGCCGCCGAGUGGUUUCCAGUCGAGUACGGCUCGUUCCAGACUCCGGUGCUGCCUUUUCGCUCAAGUCCACAGGCCUUUCGUGUCGCCCUUCCCCUCCCAACUGUUUCUUUUUUGAUCGUUUAACGUCGAAGCUUUUACAACUCUUUCAACCAUGUCUGACGAAGAAGAGUACUCUGAUGAGGAGGAGGUAAAGGAGCCCGAGAAGAAAGCUCCCGCUUCAUCUGCUCAUCAUGAAGAUGAAGGACCCCAAGGUGCCGAUGUCCUCAAGCACCGUCAAGACCAGAAGCGAGCUGAGUUGGACGAGCAGCUCAAAGAGUACAUCGCUGAAUGGCGCAAGCAGCGCGUUAAGGAGCUGGAAGACCUUAAGCGUCUCAAGGAGAAACAGGCCAAGCGCAAGGUGCUGCGCGAAGAAGAAGACAAGAAAUUGGCAAUGAUGAAGAAAGAAGAAGAAGAUCGUCUUCGUCGAUUGGUUGAGGAAAAGAAGCAAAGCGAGUUGGAGGAGAAACGAAGACGAUUGGCUGAAGUUGAACAGAAACGACAAGCUGCCGACAAAGUCUCGAAGGACAAGGCUGCCAUCAGCUCCAACUUCAAAGUCGUUAAGAAGGGAGCCGCCGAUUCCUCCCAAGGCCAGGCGUCCACCGGUGGUAUGGACAAAUUCUCCAACGUCGAGUCAGCCCGUAACGAUUUGCUGAAAUCCAAAGAACAGCUGGAAGAGGAGAAGAAAAUUUCCCUUUCUUUCCGUAUCAAACCCCUGGAAAUCGAUGGUCUUGGUACCGAGGGUCUUAAAAAGAAGGCCGCUGAACUCUGGCAACAAAUCGUUACCCUCGAAACUGAGAAGUACGAUCUUGAGGAGCGCUCCAAGCGUCAAGACUACGAUCUCAAAGAGCUGAAAGAGAGGCAGAAGCAGCAACUUAGGCAUAAAGCUCUUAAGAGAGGAUUAGAUCCUGAGGCUUUAACUGGAAAGUACCCGCCCAAAGUCAGAUUGGCAUCCAAGUUUGAGCGUCAGGUCGAUCGGCGCACAUUCGUCGACAAGAAGGGCCUUUACGAUGGCGGAUGGGACGUUAUUAUGAAGGACGGCGAUGAAAAGAGCUGGUUGGAGAAGUACAACGAGUAUACAACUCGCCCCAAGACCAAGCUCCCCAAAUGGUUCGGUGAACGACCUGGCAAAAAGAAGGGCGAAACAGACAGCCCAGACGGAGAGGAAGCCGAAGCCAAGGACACUUUGGAUGAUUUCAUGGAAGCACCUCCACCUGCUCCCGUCGUAGAAGAAGAAGAAGAAGAGGAAGAGGAAGAGGAGGAGGAGGAAGAAGAGGAGGAAGAAGAAGAAGAGGAGGAAGAGGAAGAAGAAUAGAUCUUAACUCUUCACCUUCGAAUACCUGUCUCUUCCCUCUUUCGAAUUGCUUCGUUUCGUAUGUCAAAUAAUUCUGAAAAAAACGGACAACCUAUUUCUGCCAUUGUAUCAUUUAUUGGUUUAACUUUUUUUCUUUGAUUGGAAUCUAUCCCAACAAUCCCCUCUGUUGUUUAUUUUCUUUUUCCUUUUUUUUUGUUGGAUUAUUUUUUUUUCUCAAUGGAGCCAUUCUGAUCGAAUCGAGAGAAUCAACCAUCUUCUAUGCGAGAAAAACAUCAGCAACAACCCAAAAAAGCGUAGUCGUCUCUUCUCUGGUCAUCUUAUAAGCCUAUCCUACACCUCCCUCUUAUUGACUUUUUCUUGAUCUUGAUGUAACUAUUAUUAUUCUAUAGCUGUCUUUUCUUCUCUAUCUUCUAGCCUUCACCAUCUAUUUUCUCCUUGUUACUAGGCUUGAUUAUGGUUGAGUUCACUGUGUGUUGCAUAUCUAUCUUACCAAAAAAAGUUGUACGUUAUACCGACAUACACAUGGCUGCCACUUA